AUGGGUGGCAUUCCAUUCCGCUCCACAGGAUGCAAUACGUGCCGGCGACGGAAGGUCAAGUGCGACGAGGCAAAGCCGCAAUGCAAUCGCUGCAUCAAGAACGGCCAUGUCUGCACCGGCUACGAGAGGAAGAGGGUGUUUAUCCACCAAUCUUCCGGUGCCAUCGAGGGGAUUCAGCAACAGCAGCAGCUCGUCCGUCGUCCCAAGUCGACCCCGGAGCAUGGCUCUGCGAAGAUAACCGAUCGCCAAAUAACGCGGGUGGAGCCCGAGAUCCCGCGCUGGAAUAUCAAUGUGGAGGUCCGAUCGCAGCUGCUCACCUCCUUCAUCGAGAGCUAUCUGCCUCCGUCCGAGUACCUGCGCGAUGGCUCCGGCAAGAACCUGCUCGAGACACUUCCCCAGCUUUCGGGCGGCAGUCCACUGUUGGAUCGGGCGAUCACUUCGCUCUCCUCCGCCUUUCUGGCGAAGCAGAACAAGGAUGAUCGGCUGCUCCGGUACAGUAUCAGACUCUAUAACAACUCGAUGGGGAUCAUGCAUCGCCUGAUCGGGUCGGACAAGAGGCCGGGCCAGGACGUCCUGUACACGACAGUGAUCUUCCAGUUAUAUGAAUUAAUACACUCCUCGCCCCCGGGGUUUAUGGCAUGGAUAUGGCAUGUGCAAGGCAGUAAUGUAAUCAUGGAUCAGUGUACCGGCCACCGAGACGAAACUGUUGCGGAGAAGCUCUUUUACCGUCAGCUCAAAUUUGUCACAUUAUGUGAUGCUGUGGGGAAGCGCAAGGCUGCCACUCUCUACAACACCCUCAACUGGCAAAAUCGCUCGCCACAGGCCAAACUUGACCCGGUCGACGAAGUGGCUGACAACCUGGCUGAAUGUUCCGCGCUUAUCGAACGCAUCGACGCCUUCAUCGACCACGCCAUAGCUAACCCGGGGACCGACAAACAGGCUGGCGAACAAUUACUGUCCUGUUGUCUAACACUGGAGCAAAAGCUCCACCGCACCUGUAUAGAAGUGCAAAGAAAACUCGGAAUGCCAUCGGUGCUCCCGCCUGAUACCCCCUCGCGAGAAGGCUUCCGGGCGCAUCUGACCACUGGGUUAUUCCCUGAACCUCUUGGAUUUGCCUCACUGACCUGCGCCGAAUCGCACCUCAUCUAUUGGGCGACUCUGAUACUACUGUAUCCGCUAGUGGACCAGCUCCUCGACGUCCUUGGCCGGCCCCAGACCGACGUUACAUCUUUCCCACCAUCUUGUGCCACUCGUGGCCCGACGGAUCCAAACAAUCCAUUGGCCUCUGUGGUGGCCACGGAUUUUACAGCCCUGGCGGAGCACUAUGCCGACGAGGUUUGCCGUUCAGUCAUGUACUGCACACAGCCUGCAAUGAAGACCUUGGGUGCACAAAUACUGCUCGCGCCUUUCAGCCAGUGCACGCAGUUCUUCCAGGUCCAGGGAUUGGCCUUGAAGUAUCGCUGGUGUCAAGGGGUAUUCAUGCACCUUGGAUCACUGGGCCUGGGCAUCGCUCCGUUACUCAAGGACAUGGUGUGGCCUCAGUAUCGCUCUGCCCAACAGAGAUCUGUGUCACCCGUGGAAGAGGUACCGUGA